AUGCAAGGACUUAAAGCCGUUUUACCCUUACUCAUCUUUGUCUUCUGCGUCAGGGGUAAGUUUUGUUGAUGAGCCACUGAACUAACUCAUGGAGUCAUUUUAUCAAUAUAUUCACUCACAUGUUGUAAGAUAUUCUUUUGUUGAUAUGAGAUUUUGCAGACACUAUUAUGUGCAUUAUGGGAAUUCAAUUAUAUGAAGUCCUAAUUUUCAGUCUCUCAACCUGUAAAAGUUGAAUACCUCCUAUUUUUGGUUAAUAAAUGCACAGAAAAACAACUAAGAUUCUCAAAUCUUAUGUCAGCACAACUCUACAUCAAGCAAACAAAUAAAAAAUGUAGAUCAUACUGUAUAUUGAUCUUGGGAUUAAUUCAUACCAACUGUUUGACCCCUCAUUGGCACGUCAGCUAAGAAGAUGCGAUGGUGCACAGUGUCUGAUCCUGAGCACAAGAAGUGUGCAGAGCUCGCUAAAGCUCUGGUGGCCGUACUGCCACCCGCGGCUGUGGCAGCUUUUGCCAGACUGUCAUGCAUUCGAGCGUCCAGCACAACUGACUGUAUUGAAAAGAUCAGGGUGAGUCGACUUUUUCUGGCAAUGUUAUUUUUGUGACAAAAAAAAAAAGUGUGCAGAGGGUUACAUUUGUACAGUAGUUCAUUGUCUUGACUCAUGGGUGUUUAAAAUUAACUUUAAUUACACAUCUAAGUUGAUGUUUAUGGUGUUAUAUAACAGUAGCUCUUGAAGGUCAAAAGAAAGAAAAAUUCUGCAACAGGAUUAUCUUUUGUAUAGUCAUUUUAUUUGCUUGUAAACACUGCAACAUCAGACAAAAUGACAAUUUACAGCAUGCUCGAAAAACAACCCUAACUUGUCAAUGAUGCAUCUUGCUGUUUAAAGGCAGAAGGAUCAAACUCUUCAUCAGAAAACAUUUCUACACAUGGAAAAGAUAGAAGAAAGAAAAAAUCUAUUGUUUUAUUAAUGGGAUAAUUGUCUUGGAAUUUCAAAGAGUUUUUAUGAAAAAAUAAAAAUCUGCUCUGUUUUCCUGAAUUAGAGACUGGGUUGGUAGCAAUAUGUUGGUUGCUAUCCAGUAUUUUUAGCAGUUGCCAGAUUGUCACUUGAGUAACCAAGUAACCAGCUCCAUCUUUUAGACAGGAAGCAUGUCAAAUAUUAACAUGACUGUGUUUUUUAAAGACACAAAUAUCCCGCAAUACCUCUAGCCCAAACCAAAAUAACACAGACAAAGCUCAGACAAAUCCUCUGCAACUUUUAAGACACUUUUUUUUCCCUUCCAGCCAUAUUAUUGAAUUUCCCUUCGGGCAUUAAUAAAGUUCCUCUUAUUCCUCUUCUUUAUUACUAUGCAGAAACUACAGGACAAGACAAAGCCACCGACAUGUUGUGUUUUCCUUAAAACAGCUGUCAUGAUUGAAUAAAUGUGCUUCAUUAAAAUGUCUUGAGCUGAUAGAGAACACUUUCUUGAUUUAAUUACAUGUUUAGCAUAUGCAGCUGUGUUUAUAUGGCAUUGUUACAGUGCUGCUCUAAAUCGAUGAUUAAAUAUCAGUAACAUGUGGGAAAAUGAAAAGCUUUGAAUUCCACCUGGAUGAGUCAUUAUCGACUUGUAAAUAUAAUCUGUCCUGGGGGAGUUUUUAUGUGUCUUGAAAGAUGUUUGAACCCUGAAUACCAACAUCAUUAGAAAAUUUCUGUCAUUACCCUUUAGUUUUAUGUUUCAGGCUAACCGCGCUGAUAUCGUGACAUUAGAUGCAGGAGAGAUUUACUCCGCUGUGAAGCAGUUUGGCCUUGUUGUCGUCGCCAAAGAGAUAUACAGUGACGGUAGGUUGACUCCACAUCUCUGAGGCUCUUCACCGUGUCUUUACAGAACUACUACUGUCUGUGUCCAUGUGUCUCAUCCUGCAGGAGGCUGUAUUCUGUCAGUGGCUGUGGUGAGAAACAGCAGUGUGGAUAUUCGCUCUCUGCAGGGCCACAGGAGCUGUCACAGCGGGGCUCGGUGGACGGCUGGGUGGAGCCUUCCUCUAGGCUUCCUGCUGUCCCGCAACUACCUGAGCUGGUCAAAAGAGCAGCUGCUCAGUCAGGGUAAUGAACAGUUUCUGCAGUGUGGAGGUUUCUUCUUUCUCUUUUGUCAUUUCUUGCCUCUUGUUUUCCCCCUCUUGAGCAGACGUCAGUACCUUUUUCAGUGGCAGCUGUAUUCCUGGAGCUGCUGCCAUGGCUCCAGCUUUGUGUACUCUGUGCCAAGGCCAGAAGUCCUACAUCCGGCAGAAGAAUUACCAUUGUGAAACAUCUCAUAGUGAGCCAUUCUACAACAGCCAAGGGGCCCUCAGGUUAGGCACAUCAGUAAGAUAUUAAUAUGUGAUGCACAUUUUCUGUGACUCCACCAUAUGAAGAGUCAUAACAGCUCAGGCAUUAAAUUCACUUUUCCUCCGUGGCCUGCUCACAGAUGCCUCAGGAGUGGGACAGGCGACGUCGCAUUUGUGGAUCAUUUAGCUCUUGAGAGUAUUGAAGGUAAACGAUCUGUACCAUCAGUACACGUUUAUUAAGUUGUUUUUUUUUUUUACUGCAUAUUGUCUCUCAUGUCUCUUGCUUUUUAAUCCUCUCUCAGCUCUUCACUGUCUCACUUCACUAUGAGUUUGAACAUUAAAUAUCUUGUUUUUGUAGUGUAUUCAAUUGAAUAUAGGUUGAAAAGGAUUUGCAAAUUAUUGUAUUCUGUUUUUUAUUUACGUUUAUCACAAUUUCCCAACUUCAAUGGAAUUGGGUUUUGUACUUUAAGAAUUCACUGGUCAACAACACAAGUCACUCCUAAUGGGUACCAUCCUCUGUUCUCUCAGGCAGCGAUAGAGACCAGUUCCGGUUACUGUGUACUGAUGGCACUCAGGCUCCCAUCAGCCACUACAGAACCUGUAACCUGGGUCGAGGUCCAGGAGCGGGCAUGGUCACCAGAGCUAACUUUCGCAAGACUGCUCGCAAAUUCCUAACAACAGCUCAAGUACACUUGCACACUCUGAGUCCCACACGUACCCCCGUUUUUUUGUCUUUUUAAUCAGUAUUAAAGGUUUUUCAUUCUUGUUCAGACGCUUUUCGGCCCGCGAGGAAGAGAGAGGCAACGCUUCCAGCUCUUUAACUCGUCUUCUUUUGGAGAAAAUGAUCUUCUCUUUAAAGAUGUGACAGAUAAACUGUUUGUUUUGCCAGACGACAUGGAUGUCAGUCAGGUGCUGGGGCUGGAUUAUGUGGCUCUUCUUAAAGGUCUCGGACAUGAAGGUAAUACUUGGUAAAAACACUAAUACUUGUAUGUGGUUGUUUGUGAUUUCACUGAGUUUUUUAACUUGUGUUUGUGUGUGUAGGAAGUUCCCUUGAGGACAGUGUUGUGCGGUGGUGCUGUAUCAGCUACGCAGAGCAGAAGAAAUGUGAGCAGUGGGCUCUCAGUAUAAAGUCAGACCCACUGGUGUGUGUCAGAGCUGUCUCAAUGCGUGAAUGUAUUGAGAAAAUUAAGGUAUGUCCUUCAAGUACUUUAAAAAAAACCAAAUAUUUGGGAAUAAGUAUUUUAAAAGACUAAAAAAAACAAAAAUAUAUUUGAUUUGUAUCAUUGCACAUUUUACUGCAGAGAGAUGAGGUAGAUGCUGUCUCGCUGGAUGCGACUCACACUUUCAUCGCAGGGAGAUGUGGUCUGGUUCCCGUCGUUACUGAAUAUUAUGGUAAGACUUUUUCUCAAUAAAUACUCAGAUUUCAUAUGCAGAAAAGAGACUAAAUGUUGUUGAACCCUUUUUCUACUCUACUCUGUUACUUCCAAAAACAACUUUUGCACCGACCAUAUUUUUUUUAAAUAAAGACAAAUCAGUUCAUAGGUGUAGAAAUAAUAUAGUCAUUGAAAAACUGGCCUGGAUGCAUUUCCACCUUAUUAAAAAAAAACAAAAAAAACCUGGUCCAUCAUGACACUUUAAUACAGCAAGAGGGACCCCUCGCUGUUGAGCAGCUGAAAUCCGAAAUCUGGCAAUAACAGAGUGAAAUUGUUCUUCAUAACCUUCCUCUAAUACAGGAAAGAACCUUCAGACUUACCAAGUUGAUUCUGAACCAAUAUUUAGAUUUUUUUUUAAUUUCAAGUUAUUUGUUAAAGAUCGCCAGAUGAAUGAUCACAAUAGAAAAACACUGAUCCUGUCGUGUUUCCUCUAAACUCUCAGAGAAAGAAAGAAAAUGUGUUCCUGCUGAGGGAUCGACUCACUUAGAGACAGAUGGUAAGAGGCUGAUGUCAACAACCAACAAUCCUUGCAUCUCAUGUGAUUAUUACCUUUACAUUCAAACUGUGUGUCUCACCUCAGUGCUGCCCUCUGUGGUGGCCGUGGCCGUGGCAAAGCGUUCUAGCAGGAGCAUUUUUAUCGGAAACCUGGGAGGGCGCCGCUCCUGUCAUGGCCACAUGUACAGUCCUGCAGGCUGGCUGCUGCCGUACAGACACACACUGAGUCUAGAGCACAACAGCAGCUCCCCCUGUGACCCAGACCAAGGUACUGUUGUAAGGGAUUAAACUUUAUAUCCUCGUCUUUGUGACUUUUUGUGACCCCUCAUGUUAUCUGUCAUUCUAAACUCAGCACAUUAUUUCAAGCAGCCUCUCUUUGUACCUUCAGUGUACAACAGUGUGUUUUGGAAAGGCUGUCUUCCCGGCUCUCAGGGGAACCUGUGUAAAGUAUGUAUGGGAGGCACAGGGGAGGCUGCCACCAAACGCUGCGCUGACAACCACAAUGAGCGUUACUAUGGCAACAUGGGUGCUUUAAGGUAAGGCUUUUUGGUCAUAUGUGAUUGCUGCUGCACAACAUUUUGAUAGCUGCUGUUCAGUUAAGUAAUCCUUCCAUUAGAUCAGGGGUGUCAAACUCAAUUGCACAGGGGGCCAAAAUUCAAAACACACUUCAGGUCGCAGGCCGAGCAGAAUAAACAUUUGUUGAACACACUAAAACAAAAUGUUUUUUUAACACAAAUAUGAAAACAAACAGACAGGAAUUUUAUUCUGGAAUAAAUAAACUUAAAUUUAAAAUAACUUAAAAUGUCUUGCUCUCCAUAAAAAUAUAUCCAGUCAAAAUUAUAUAAGUUAUAUAAAUAUAUAUAAAUAUAAAAUAAAUAUGAACAUGCUGCAAAAAAAAUGCCUGAAAAAAUAAAGAAAAAUUGUUACAGUGCUUGUGCUUUAAGUAAAAAACGUCUGCUGAAAUGUCAGCUUCUUCUUUAACUCUUCUACUUUCUGUAUCUUCUGCUCUGCAUUCAGGUCUUUCAGGUUAUCCUGAUGUUUUGUCUCAUAGUGCCGUCUUAGAUUAAACUCUUUAAGUACAGCCACAUUAGCGCCACAAAUGAGACAAACGGGCUUACCGGCAAUGUCAGUGAACAUAUACUCAGCCUCCCGGCGAUUAUGAAAGGCUCUGUUUUCAGAAUCAACUUUUCUCUUAGGCAUCAUGAGGGGCUAGCUUCGCAGUAACUAGCAGCAACAGGCACUUGAGCUGAUUGACUCGGAAAGCGCUGGGCAAGGCAGCUGAAGCACUGCAUUAUGGGAUCUGUAGUUUAUUGUGUUACCAGCGCUUUAUACCGUCGGGCCAUUCGUAACAAUAAUAUAAAAUGAUCUCGCGGGCCGGACAUAAUUGCAUGCCGGGCCGGAUGUGGCCCGCGGGCCUUGAGUUUGACAUAUAUGCAUUAGAUGCUUGUUAGGCAGUGAGUAAUCAUUAACAGAUAAUAACUGCCGACAGUGCUGAUAAAAGGGGUUGAUGAUGUGUCGUCAAAUAAUAGCUUAUAUACGCUCUAAUUAUAUGCUUAAAUAUGCUAAACUUGGAUGAUGUUCAAAAAUGUACUUGUUCAAGAAUGUAUGUGUGUAAUAAACUUGGUUUUGUACGUGCUUGUUCAUGUACUUUUUAAAGUAUGUACUCUUUCAAGCAUUAACUUGGUCAAGUAUGUACUUGUUUAGGGAGUACACUUUUAAGUAUUUACUCGGUCAAGAAAGUAAUGGUUUAGGUAUGUACUUGUUCAAGUAUUUACUUGUUUAAGUAGGUACUCUUUCAAAUAUUUACCUGGUCAAGUAUGUACUUGUUAAGGUAUCUACUCUUUCAAAUAUUUACUUAGUCAAGUAUUUACUUGGUCAAGAAUAUUCUUGGUCAAGAAUAUGCACAAUAUUCUUGGUCAAGUAUGUACUUGGUCAAGUUUGCGCUUGUUAAAGUAUGUACUCUUUCAAACUUGUUUAAGUAUGUACCCUUUCAAAUAUAUACUUAGUCAAGUAUGUUCUUCUUUCAGUAUGUACUUGUUUAGGAAGUACUCUUUCAAGUAUUUACUUGGUCAAGUUUGUACUUGUUGAAGUGUGUACUCUUUCAAGUAUUUACUUGGUCAAGUAUGUACUUUUUUAAGGAUGUACUUGGUCAAGCACAUACUUGUUUAAGUAUGCACUAGUUCAAGUAUUUACUUGGUCAAGUAUGUACUCGUUUAAAGUAUGCACUUGGUCAAGUACAUACUUGUUAAAGUAUGUACUUGGUCAAGUAUGUACUUGUUUAAGUUUGGACUUGGUCAAGUACGUACUUCUUAAAGUAUGUACCCUCAAGUACAUACUUGUUUAAGUAUGCUCUAGUUCAAGUAUUUACUUGGUCAAGUAUGUACUCGUUUAAGUAUGCACUUGGUCAAGUACAUACUUGUUAAAGUAUGUACUUGGUCAAGUAUGUACUUUUUAAAGUAUGUACUCUUUCAAGCAUUAACUUGGUCAAGUAUGUACUUGUUUAGGGAGUACACUUUUAAGUAUUUACUCGGUCAAGAAAGUAAUGGUUUAGGUAUGUACUUGUUCAAGUAUUUACUUGUUUAAGUAGGUACUCUUUCAAAUAUUUACCUGGUCAAGUAUGUACUUGUUAAGGUAUCUACUCUUUCAAAUAUUUACUUAGUCAAGUAUUUACUUGGUCAAGAAUAUUCUUGGUCAAGAAUAUGCACAAUAUUCUUGGUCAAGUAUGUACUUGGUCAAGUUUGCACUUGUUAAAGUAUGUACUCUUUCAAACUUGUUUAAGUAUGUACCCUUUCAAAUAGGCCUGGACGAUAUAGAAAAAAAGCAUAUCGAUAAAAAAUAAAUCAUAUUGAUCGAUAUCGAUAAUUAUCGAUAUAAUUAUUAUAAUUAUUUAACAUAUAUUUUAAUUGCAGCCCUGGAUGUUUUAUGCUAUUGCUUAAUGACCUACUUUUAAAAAAGAACACACAAGCACUGAAUUCAAAUCUAAACCUUUAUUCAACCACCUUUUUUUUUUUUUACCACAACUGAAAGUUUUUUAAGAAAGAACUUAAAAAAAAAAAGAAAUCAACUUAAGUGGCCUGAGUGAUGUCAGUAAAUACUGACAAACAUAAAGACUAAAGUGACCAGAAAAUCUGAUAAAUAAAUACUUAAAUAGUCUUUUGAUGAAAAUAAACAAAACAAACAAAUAUAUAAAUAAACAGAAUAGCCUUAGGUGGGAAUAGCAUACUACCAGUUUUAACUGUGUGGGAAACUGCCCACAGCCUGGUGUCUGAACACUGAAAUAUUUCUCCCGGGGUCGGGAGAUUUAUCUUUUUUAAUUAUCAUGUGAUUGACUUAAUACACAAACUGAGCACGAGAAGCAGGACUUAUCCACGCCGGUGUUCUGUCGUAGAAUGCACCCCUGCCGAAUGCCCCCCCUGCUAGUAGCCAUGAUCCAAAUACUCGCGUCUUUGUAAAAUAUGAGCUCAUUUUCUUCCACUUUAAGAAGCUAAUGAGUGGACGGGAUGCAGGGGUGCAUUCUACGGAACAACACCGGAACGUAUUUCCUCCGCACCCUUCUCAACUUUUCUACCCCUGACCCAUUUUCAUGCCUGAAGCGCUGUGUUUGAGAAAUACUUGCGGCCGGGCACUUCAUAUCGCGGGUCAAGAGUGGCUGGAAGCUGUUUGCAGCCAGGCUUUUCAACGGUAGUUAUUGGCAGUAUGUCCCUCGCUAUGGAGCAUGUUACUGCAUGGGUGAUGUCCUUAUGCCGCUUGGACGCUUUGUCGUAUUUUGACAAGAAACGAAGUCCAGUUUGGUCUGCUUCACAUGCUUUGUGCUGGUGCUGGCAGCGGUUCCAGAGGAUUCCUCCGACGACGACGACGUGGAGCCGCGGCGCGGCCGACACUGCUCGUACUCCUGCGGCUGCGAUCGGUUUAGAUGGUAAAACAAGUUGGUUGUGUUACCAGACUUGGUUUUUACUAAUUCUCUGCAAAUUUUGCAAACGACCGCUGUUCGCUUUUUGUCAGACUUCCAAAAACCAAAACAUUGCCAUGCUGGUGAACUACUGAAACCUUUUCGGGACAAUGUCCUCCGCUUCUCCUUGCUGUAACAUUUUUUCUAAUACACGUGCUGUCUGUUGUGGUUUGAGAGGGGCUGGGCUUGGUGCCGUAGCGUACCUGGGUCUGCGUUUGUGAUUGGUUUGGAGGAAGUAAUGACUGUAGUAACAGCUACAUGAUAGGCUAUGAUGAAAAAGAAAGGGAAACUGUGUUUCUCUAUCGAACUUUUUAUCGACCCGUUUUUUUUCUAUCGCACCACACGUCUAUCGAUCGAUAUAUAUUGUUAUCGAAUUAUCGUCCAGCACUACUUUCAAAUAUAUACUUAGUCAAGUAUGUUCUUCUUUCAGUAUGUACUUGUUUAGGAAGUACUCUUUCAAGUAUUUACUUGGUCAAGUUUGUACUUGUUGAAGUGUGUACUCUUUCAAGUAUUUACUUGGUCAAGUAUGUACUUUUUUAAGGAUGUACUUGGUCAAGCACAUACUUGUUUAAGUAUGCACUAGUUCAAGUAUUUACUUGGUCAAGUAUGUACUCGUUUAAAGUAUGCACUUGGUCAAGUACAUACUUGUUAAAGUAUGUACUUGGUCAAGUAUGUACUUGUUUAAGUUUGGACUUGGUCAAGUACGUACUUCUUAAAGUAUGUACCCUCAAGUACAUACUUGUUUAAGUAUGCACUAGUUCAAGUAUUUACUUGGUCAAGUAUGUACUCGUUUAAAUAUGCACUUGGUCAAGUACAUACUUGUUAAAGUAUGUACUUGGUCAAGUAUGUACUUUUUCAAGUAUGUACUUGUUUAAGUAUGCACUUGGUCAAGUAUGUACUUGUUAAAGUAUGCACUUGGUCAAGUAUGCACUUGUUGAAGUAUGUACUUGUUAAAGGAUGUACUUGGUCAAGUACGUACUUGUUUAAGUGUGCACUUGUGCAAGUAUUUACUUGGUCAAGUUUGUACUUGUCUUAGUAUGCACUUGGUCAAGUACGUACUUGUUAAAGUAUGUACUCUCAAGUAUUUACUUGGUCAGGUAUGUACUUAGUUUAGAAUGUACCUCUUUUUUAAGUAUUAACUCAGUCAAGUAUGUGCUUGUAUGUUCCCAUUUAUCCCUAACUAUUAUUUCAUUCUGACAUUUAUUACCAAAGGUGUCUAGUCGGAGAUCCAAGUGGUAAAAGCUUUGGUGAUGUUGCCUUUCUUGAGCAGCACAAUCUUCAGGCCAACAUUCUCAGUGAGAUAUUCAAGAUGAAGAUUUGACAUGAACACACACAUUGACACUGAUUUCUACGAUAUUGUAAUUUUACUGUGUCACAAUAUCUGGUUGUUCCUGGCCAGGUUUGAGCUCCACAGGUUGGGCAGAUGGAUGGACAGCUUCAGAGUUUGAGCUGCUGUGUGGCGAUGGUCGGCGGGCUCCGCUGUCUGAGUGGGAAAGCUGUAACCUAGGAAUCGUCCCACCAAACACCGUCAUGACACGACCUGUGCUCACAGCCAGAGUGUACGACUUCCUGAUGAAGUCACAGGUAAGCUCUUGAGAUGGGUUUAAAAUACGGUUUUCUUCUUUCCCACAAAAAGAAAACAAAAUAGAUUCACUGUCUUUUCACCUUAAUAGAAGAGCCUCGGAACAGUCAUUUUUUUAUUGAAUUGGUAACUAUCUAAUGUUGUAUUUACUUCUUUGAAAUGUUAAACAUAAAGAGGUGUUAAUGUUUAAUUUCAAUCAUUCAGGAAACUUUGGCAGCCAACCCAAACACAGAGUUCAAGCUCUUUGAGUCUCAGCAGUAUGGAGAAAGUGAUCUACUGUUCAAAGACGCAACUCAGUGUUUUGUCCACACCAGCCACAUGACUGCCCGCUCCAUCCUCGGAGGCGAGUUCUACAGUCACAUAGAAAGCGUUUUCAACUGCACACACUCUGGUAAGACUACAAUCGUAUGCCCAUGCUUAAUUGUCAGAAUAAUCAAUCCAACAACUACAUAUUUAAUAAUGCUGAUAAUAACAUGUUUUCAUUUACCACAGAUAUCCUGGAGUUUUGUAAUCAAGACAUAUGCAGCAUAUUCGAAUAGACAUCGUGGCAGUAUUAGCCUCUGAUGCAGUCCUCUAUCCACAAACGUGUUUUCAUUUUCACCAGACUAGUUCAGUCUACCACCUCAAAAUAAACUGAUUCAAAUUACAGUUACAGACCAGACUGACUGACCUUUAAAUAACCCUUAUUUCUCUUCAGUCUUUCUGUUGUUUUCAUCCAUUUUUCUUGUGUCGAAAAGCCUAAAUGAACUUGUUAAAAAACUCUCAUCUUUUUAGACAAACUACAAAUAAAGCCUGGUAGAAAUUAACUGUGUUUUAUAGAUGACGGUGAUACUAAAACACCAGACUGAACUUGUAUGUAUAUGGGUGAAUGGUGUAAAUCAGUAAGUGUGAAAUAUUAAAGUUUUAUCAUUUAAAGAUUUUACAUGUGUGUGGCAUCAUCUGUAACAUUCUGAUUCACACAGUAUAGUUUUGUAUUUGAUCAUAGGUGUUAAAAUGAAUGAAUAAAACGAGGGUUGGGACAUUUAAGCUUUGGUUGUUACUGUUGUAAAAUUGUUUUUAGGGUCUGUUAGACAAAUAAGUCUCAACCCUGAAUAAUUAAAGUUUUGCAAAUACUUUGAAAGGGCCUCCAGGAUUGUAAACAG